CCAAACGGUUUUAUUUAUCAGUUGUCUAUUAGACGCAACUGGUUAUUAAUUCGGCGCGCUCAUACAUUCCGUUCUAUCGAUCAUACGGCAAGAUCGUUGCGAUCGUUGUCCGGGUUUUUUCCAUCGUCUUCGUACUUACUACGUCUACGUAUAUUUGGUUCAUUUUACAGUUUGCUGCCGCGAACACGAGUUUCUCAAAUUGGUUUCAACGUGCGAGUUGAUUCGUUUGAGUUUUAGCGAAAUUUUCCAGUUGCAGUUUUCUUCCUCUUGAAGGUGGAAUUUUUCACUGAUACCGUUUCCUUUAUUUACGAGAAGCUGCGCUAAUUCAUCGCAAAUAAUGGCGAGCACAGAGGCAGAAAACGGAAACGACCUAAGCGAGAUACAGAAAUUUUUCGACAACAAUUCGGUAUUCUUAACCGGCGGUACAGGCUUUUUAGGUAAUCUGUUGUUGGAGAAAUUGUUACGUGCCUGCCCCGGAAUAAAGAAAAUUUAUGUAUUAACCAGAGAGAAGAAAGGAAAAGACCCGAACGAACGUUUUAAAGCAAUUUUCGACGAUGUGCUAUUUGAGCGAAUGAAACUGGAAUGUCCCGAUUACGCGACCAAGGUACGGGCGAUAAUCGGAGACUGCAUGAAGCCGAAUUUAGGACUAAGCGAACAAGACAGAAAUAUAUUGAUAAACGAGGUAAACACGGUAUUCCACGUAGCAGCCACAGUUCGUUUCGACGCUCAUCUCAGAACAGCGGUCAACAUAAAUAUCAGAGCUACUAACGAUCUACUCGAAAUCGCACAUUCGAUGAAACACCUCAAGGCCUUUAUACACGUUUCGACCGCAUACUCGAACUGCGCCGAACGUAAAGUGGUCGAUGAAAAAUUCUACGUACCUCCGGUCUCACCAGACGCAUUAAUGAAACUCACAGAUUCACUUUCAGACGAAAUAAUCGAACGGAUUACUCCCCAAUUGAUAAAACCUUGGCCUAACACAUACGCAUUUACCAAAGCCAUAGCCGAAGAUGUAGUUCGAACAAAAGGCAAAGCGAUGCCUCUAUCAAUCGUACGACCAGCCAUAGUCAUUGCAACCGCUAAAGAGCCGAUAGCCGGAUGGAUCAAUAAUUUUUACGGCCCCACUGGUGUAGUUGCCGGAGCUGGUUUAGGUUUAUUAAGAACCAUUCACGCCGACGGAGAUUGUAUAGCGGAAUUAGUUCCUGCUGAUAACGUUGUAAAUGCAAUUAUAGCCGCCGCUUGGGAUAUUAAUAAAAAUUGGGAACAGCCAGAAAAACUCAUAACCGCAGAAGAAAACGAACAAAAACCCGCCAAAGACUUUAAUGAAAUACCAAUUUAUAACUACGUAUCGUCAAAUUCGAAACCAUUAAAAUGGAAGGAAUUUAUGGCCUAUAAUGAACUAGCAGAGCCUGAAAUCCCUUCUGUAUUAGCGAUAUGGAUUUACGGUCUGACCAUAAACAAGCACAAAAGUAUACAUCAACUAUACUGCAUAUUUUUACAUCUGAUACCAGCCCUAAUAGUAGACACAUUCGCCAGAAUAAUCGGAAAAGAGCCAAAAUUAUGGAACGCGUACCAAAAAAUUCACAAAUUCUCCGAUGUCAUAUCGUAUUUCAGCACCAAACAGUGGACAUUCUUGGACUCCAACACCAAAGACUUAUUCAACAGAUUAGAUAUCAAAGACAAACGACUGUUUGAUUUCGAUUUAACCAAAUUAGACUGGAAACAAUACUUCUACUACCAUAUUCGAGGAAUACGCGUGUACUUGGUCCACGAUAGCUUAGACACCGUUCCCAAAGGAUUAGAGAAAAGAAGAAGAUUAAUGAUUGCCCAUUACUCGUUGGUCACGCUGUUCUGGUGCUUUUUAUUGUAUGUCGCUUUUCUAAUAUGCGGAUGGAUUUUUAAAUAGAUUAUAAUCAAUUUCUCACUUUAAUAAAAUAUCGAUUCUUUUUUUUUUGUAUGAAUGUACAUAUACCUAUAAUAGAAUGCUACUGUAAUAUUUUCUUGUUUUUUACUGUAUCUAUACCGGGAUUUAUGCCGUGUAAAAUUUUUUUGUUUCUUUUUUUGUACUUUGGUAUCUAUGUGAUUUAUUUAUAACAAUUCGUACGUAUAAAUGAAAAAUAAAUAUUUUUCUUCUUGUUAA